UCGUGAUGAAAAAAUUUUACGGCUCAGAAAUAUUUUGUAAAAGUUUUUUUUCUAUAAAUAAAAAUCCCUCAAAUUAGUUUUUAAUCGUUAAAUUAAGCAAAAUAAAUUUCUUCAAAUAAAUAUCUGAUAUAGAAUGAAGUCCAACUUUCGAGAUUAUGCUUAUAUUUAAUACAACUACGCUCAAAGUUCUAAAAAUAUAAGAAAAAAAAAAAAUAGAAAAGAAAAAAACUUUGGCCAAAGGUGCUUUUGUGAACAAUUUAUUUGGCGGCGCAUACUUUCCACAUUUUUUUGUGAAAGAACUCGUCGUCGCUGCCCAACGACGACGACGAAUCUCCUGUAAAGAAUGCCAUCACUCCAAGAAUUGGACAUCUUUGAGCUGAAGCCAUUGAUAACAAAUUUGAAUUGCAAACUAUCAAAAGUUUCCGAUUAUGAUUCGCAGAAGCAACUUUUGUGUCUUGUUUCGGAAGAGAAUGAAAUUGUUUUGCGAUACAUUGGCAAUGGCGAACAAGAAGUCUUGAAAUUGAUUUCCUGGUUCAGGCGGAUGUCGAGAGUUAUUCAUGAUGUCAGUUUCGAUCCGAGUGGAACUUGGCUUUUGGUUUUGUGUUUCGACAACACAUUACACAUAAUACCAGCUCUAGCAGUUGUUGGCGGCAAAGUACCACAAGUUACAUAUCAAACAUUUAGCACAACACAGGUCACUUCGUACAUAAUCCCAUUUGUAGGACCACACGAAUGUCCCAACUCUAAGGCUUGUCCAAAUCACGAAGCGGAACGUAAUAAUGCAAAACUCUCAUCAAUAUCGCCCAUUCUCACACCAGAAGAUGGUGACGAUCCGAAACCAAUUAACGAAGAUGCAACAAAUGAGUCACAACCCGAACAAAACUUAGAUACGUGCAGUCAUGAUCUACCAAUAAAUAUGCAAGCAUCAGCUGCUGCUGCUGCUGCAGCCUGUGUGCCCCGUAGUGUGCCUGCUGAAGACAAUACGGGUAACAGCCAACAAGUCAUGUGUACGUCAUUUAUGUGUUCGUCGACGUGUCCAUAUCCGCUGUCAGUGGUUUGGUGGCAAACCGUAAAUUUAGGGCAUCGAGCAAUAAUCGGUUAUUCGGACGGUUCCAUAUGUUUUGUUGGUUUAAGCCCGAAUUGCCCGUUUGUUGCUAGUACUGCAAUCGAAAGUGGAUCUGUUGUUAAGUUGCUCAUUUGUAAGGACAACAAUAUUGAGAGUGUUACUUUGCUUAUAACAUCAUCGCUCAAACAGCAAUAUAAGCUUCUAUUGGAGCAAAGUGAUAUACCGUAUGUGUAUCCUGGGGAUAUUUCACCGGUUUCUUCAAACUGGCAAAUAAUAACGCCCAUCAAAAAUAACAGUAAUUGCUCAGAUCCAGCUUCGGACAAUAGCCAACAAGAAGAAGAGGUGUUUUCAGAGACCAAGGAAGUUGCGGCACCAGCAACGGCAACAGUGCUACCAACAACUUCAGCUACAACAGCAACAACAGUGACAUCAUUAAAUAGAAAUAACCCAGAUUUAGAUGAAGCAAAUAACCGAAAUGGUAUUUUACCAGCUGCACGUGCUCGAUUAGCAUCACUAAAGUGCCUUGGAUCUCAAAAAUUGAACGCGAUCAAAAUGAGAUUGUCAGAUCGCAGGCAAAAAUUAGAAGAAUGCGCAUACGAGACCUCCAUAGCUGGAUUCAUAGUAAUGGACCCACCAACCCUAACUCCAGAAAUUCUUUCAAUGUCGGCCGGUUCCUUCUAUACAUUACAAAAUCUGCGACAUACCUAUUUACUGAGUGCCUUGCACAGUCAUACCAAUACUCUAUCCGUACACAGCAUGGAUAUAAGCUUGAAGCCAGUGUUUUUAUAUAAAAUUCCCACCAAUUGUCAUGAGAUUCUUAUUAGUUCAAACAUUUUGUAUUCAAUUCAAUAUGUUGAAAAGGAAGGAGGCAAUGUUCCAGUUAGUUUAAAUAAAACCCCAUCAAUAGAAGAAACUGGAACAACAAUAACAAUGGAAACAAAUGAAGAGCAAAAAAAUAACAUGGAUGGUGGUGAUGAUGAUAACAAAAGCUCAAACAGUGACAUGGUAAAUGCUGUAGGUGUAAUAAGCAGUGCAAUGGCAUCAGUUCAAAAUGGUGAUAGAGAUAAAUUCAACAACAUUUCACUGCUGGGUUUAUUUAAAUUUGAAAACGAAACAAUUUUGAAUAUGUAUCAAAUCACAACCUAUGCCAACAAUGAGGCUACCACAGAACCAACAGCAAACAAAGAAGACAAACCAGAACUUUUAGAUCGUAAGCAAAUUCGUUCACCCGUAGAAUAUGUACACUUUUUUAAGAAUGUCGACAGUCAAGACAGUUAUUCGUUGCGUGAAAUGGAAAUUAUGAAGAAUGAAUUCCCUAAAAUCUGUUACGAUCCCUGCUAUGUGGUGACAAAUAAAAAUGUCUACUAUAUUCAAUUGAAAAAGGAGCCCUUUGCAAUAUUUCUCGACGCUGCAGUGGCUAGCAAAUGGGAUCAAUGUCAUGAGUUUUGUAACACGUUUGAUUUGUCAUUUGAAGCUUGCAUAGAAUUUGCUGGUGAUUAUUUGCUACGGAAGAAAAAAGUAGCUCAAGCAUUGUUAACAUACAAUGCAGCUCGGAUUAAACCGAUUCGGACGGCUUUAAAAUUAGCCAUGUUUGGACAAACUUAUGCUUUAAUGCAUUUGUGUGCAAUGGCUCUUAAAUCUAUAUACAUUAUUCGUAGUCAAUAUUUUUGCAGUGCAAUUAUAAAUAAUAUUAUGGAAGAUGUAACAUUUCGUCAUUCGGAAGAUGUUCAUCCAAUACUACCAAAAAAACCGUCCAAGGGUGUUGUUGUUAAUGAGGGCGAACCAUGCAGUGAUUAUCAUUAUGGUGUGGAUGAGUCUAUUAGUAAUUUGCAGAUGUCACCGUCGUCACAAUUUCAUUUGGCAAAUUUAUUAUUGAUAACUUUGGCAGAAAAAGCGGUUAAGGAUAAGAAUUAUAUUCCUUUAUGGAAUUUCUUGGUAACAAAUACAAAAUUCCACACAAACAUGACCAGUAUUGUUUUGUGCCAGAGUGGACUCUAUUCAGCUGCAUUGAUAUUAGCAAAAGCCAGAGGUGCAUGCAUAGAUACGUUCUUAGCUCUCAACAGUGUUGUUGGCCAGGAGUUUGGUAACACCAUGUUCCAUUGUGGUAAAUAUGUAAAAAUAAAUGAAUCUCACUUAGGGUGGUACUCAGAGUUAAAUGUGUGCUUGUACAACUUGAGUGAGCCAAUUUUCAUGGAGAGCAUAACGUAUCUGUCACAUGUGGCAUUAGAUUAUUUUAACUUUAUUCAAGAUAAAUUGGAAAAUAUAAGGGAAUGUGUAUUAAAGCGCUUGGAAAAACAAUUAAGUCCAUUUUCGGCAGUUUUUCGGCCAAUAGUUUCGCAUACUUCGUCCGCCCGCGCAAAUUAUCAACGCAAACAAGAAUACAACGACAAUAAUUCAUCGUAUAUAUUUGACUAUUGUAAAAGUCUUAUCGAAACUUAUCUGGCUGUUCUUAUUCACAUGGAGUCGCUCAAAUCGAAGCAGGAUAAUAUUUCCAAUGCACUUUCUUCAUUUCGAUUGACUUAUGAAGACAAUCAGUUUGCUAUUGAAUCGUCAAAGUUUUCACCUUUAUCAGCGGGUUUUGCGCAUUGUGCUUGUGUAGUAGAUGGCGCUGCAUAUUUUUGGGGAUCAAAUGGGGUGCCUUGUAAUUUUAGUGUUACUAAGUCUUCGGACCCACCUGAACCUCCGCAUGCUGUUAAGUGUUUGGACGUUUUAACACAAUUAAAUUUGGAAGUUCAUGCUGUUGUUUGUGGUAGACAACAUUCUUUGGUGCUUACUAACAAUGGAGUUUACGCUUUUGGAAAUAAUAAUUAUUGCCAAUUAGGUAUUGGUAAUGAUAUGCAAAUGUCACUGCAACCUAUGUUAGUUAGAGCAUUGGAUGGAAAGAAUAUAUCUGCUCUAGAAGCUGGACAAUAUCAUAAUGCUGUUAUUGCUGAUGGAUUCUUGUAUACUUGGGGAUGGGGUGUUUAUGGUCAGUUAGGUCAUGGAACUACUGAAAACAUACCAGAGCCAAAAUUGGUGCCCUUCUUUCAAUACAAGAAAGUGAUACAAGUUUCCUUGGGCCAUGCACACAGUUUGGUUCUCUGCAAAGGUGUAUACGGAUCUACAGAAGUUUACGUUUUUGGUUCGAAUCAUUUUGGCCAAUUAGGUACUGGUCCAAUUGGCUCCAAGAACGCAAAUGAUUCAAAUGCCGAAAGUCACACAAAAUCUCUUAUCCCAAUCAAAAUCGAUAUAAGCGGUAGCGCAAAAAUAAGACUGAUUCAUACCAAAUUCUUUUCUAAUCUUGUAGUUGAUGAAAAUAAUCAACUUUAUACAUGGGGCUCAUCACCUCAAGCAUUACGUUUGGCAAAUCAAAUUAAACGCCGAGCAAAUGCCAAACAAAAAAUUGAAGAAUUUCAAAGAAGAGAAAUUAGCAAACGUUUCAAAGAAACUCUAUCAUUUGACGAUGAAAAUGUGAAUAUGAAAUUUGAAGUGGUACCUCCCCAAGUUCCAACAGCAAAAUCUGAUUCGGACAAUAAACCAAAUAUAAAUUCCUGCGAAACCAAAGAAAAUAUUGAAAUCAAAAUAACAGAACCAUCUGAAGACGAGACAAACAAAGAUGAAAUUGUUGAGAAAGAUAAAGAUGAUAGUGCUGCUGAGAGCACCGCUGCUGAAGGAAGUAGCAACAGUAGUGCUGAUUUGGUUGAUGGUUUCCAAGCUGUGGAUAAUGAUUUGGAUGUGGAACCAAAAGUUGUUGAAGAAAAACCUCUGCCUAUUGAAGUCGAUACGACAAAUGAACAUAUGGCACCUCAUUUGGUUGAUACAACAGAAGUGGCUGGAGAUAUACAUCAGGUUUCAAGUGGUUUAUUCCAUUUUGCAAUGGUCACAUCCACUGGAGUGCUCUACACGUGGGGUAAAAAUCUAGAACAUCAACUAGGAACAGAAGACAAGGAACGAAAAGCUUUAAAUCGGCCUGCUGCUCUAGACAACAUUGAAAAUCCAAUGUAUGUCGAAUGUGGAGCCGACUUUACUCUUGUCAUGACCCGAGAUUACAUCGUCAAAGCUUUUGGAGGCAAUGCCAAUGGACAGUGUGGAAGAGAUUUAGGAGCAUUAUUUGACAAAGUGAAACAACGUGUCGUCUGCCUACCCACAACGAAGCGAUUAAUGCGCUACGAAAGCCAAUGCGUCGAAAUACCAACAGAAAUCAAUCUACCACGACCAAGAAUACGCCUGGACUACGAUCCAGUGCGAUAUUUGAAAACAAUUCCCGAGUAUCAGCCACAUUUCAUUCAAGAAGCCGGCAUCUCCCUGGAACCCCACGAAUCAGCAAUGAAGUCACCACUGACAACAAAUCCCUGUCAAGAAUCCGACGACAUGAUCUCAAGUAUUGAAAAUCUCAGCCACCUCGAUGCCGACUCUAUAAUUCUCUCCUGUCCAGCCUACCAAAACAACAGCUCCAACGACAUAUCUGCCGAUGAGCAAAGCUAUUCACGUCUUCCUCCAUCUGAUGAUCUCAGUUCAGAGUGCAGUCAGAAUAGUCGUGAGCUACGUAAUUUCAUUCACUAUUGCUUAUAUGUAUUUCAUGGUCUCUACAAUCCCGACAAGAUUGAGAAAUUCUCGAAAAAACGUCUCGAAUAUCGCAUCAGAACUCUAAUGUUGAAUUUUAAAUUUGUCGACGCUUUUACUCUCUGCUUGAGCGAUUGCUCAAAUGCCUCAAAAUCAUUAAAAAUCUUUGAGUAUUUCACCAAAGACACUAGUUUUGUUCCAAUGCGAAGGCAGGACCUUAAAUUCUUUAUCUAUCGCCUGUUUGUGCACUUUAUUACGAAGAAAUUUGACCUCAACGAAUGUGAGGAGUUCUUCCUAUCCGAUCUCGAUUACUAUUUGUUAGAGUUGUCCUAUGUGCUCUAUUUUAAUAACAACAACACUGAGUUGGAACAGAAUCUUAACCUGAAAUUCAAAAACCUCAUCACACAAGACCCCAAUCACAAUGAAGAAUACCGGCUGGAUGAUACCGAUUCGAUCUUUGAUAGUUUGAGUGUGAAAUUCAAGACAAUUGUAUGCCAGAGUCUUUUGAAAUAUUGUGACGAGGGCUAGCAUAGGGACGUGCAGCUGGUGUGGCAACAAAAUUUUUCACUUUACGAUUUUUAUAAAAUUAAAACCAUUUCAUAAGGCGCGAAAUGUAAAUAUUUUUUAAUAUAAUAUAAUAUUUUUAUCUAAAAACACUAAACAAAAAUAAGAUGAAAAGAAAAAAAGACGGAUUAACAUGAGUGUGUGUGUGAGUUUUAAGGAGGUAGGUGUAGGUAGGUCCUAAAUUUUGCGCCUGACAAUCGAAACAAAUUGUAGUGCCAUUCUCUUUAUUUUUUGUUUUUUUUUUUUUUAUUUCCCACAAAACUAUACUAAAACUAUCUAUACUUUAAAAAAAUUGUUAAUUUUUUUUUUAUUUUCUAUAUUUGUGACACUAACAAUGCAUGCGUUGAAAUAAGAUUUUUUUUUUAUUUUUAAAUUUUAAUCCAAAAACAUCGUCACCACAUUGGCGGAGGUAUGUUAUUAUUAUUAUUAUUAAAAUUAUUAUAUAUUUGAAAUAUGAGUAUGUUUUAUUUUUAUUAAGUAUUUGCUUAUAGUAUAUUAUAAUAAAAUUAAGAUCGUUUAUAUUUUUUUUGUUGCAACAUUUUUUAUUAAAUGAAUAUUUGCUCAUAGAAAUGCGCUUUUUGUA